AUGAUGCGGGAUCUCGACGCCGCCCGCCGCACCCCGGCCAGGGCCUCCGCCUCGGAGGCCGGCAACGACGAGAACGCGCCGGGCGACGGCUCGGACGCCGCGGCCGCAGCGCUCCUCGGUGCCGCGGAGUCCCGCCCCCCUCUCCUCGUCAUCCAGCCGCAGGUGUCGGGGCUGAAGCGGAAGCCGGAGUCGCCGGCGCCCACGCCCUCCAAGCUCCCGUUCCGGACCCCCGAGAAGGCCGCCGCGCGGAGCCGGUUCGGCUGGGCCCCGCCCCGCGCCGAGGAGCUGCCGCCGCGGAUGGGCGCGACCACCAUGACCACCCCCCGUGCGCAUCGCGGUAAGGCCGUGCCGGCGGCUUCCUCCGAGGGCGGGUCCACGCACAGCACGCCCACGAAGAGCGUGUCGAAGCCGGCUUACAGUGUGGGGCCGAGGCCGGUGACGAGCGGUGGCGCCCGGGGCCCAGGAUCGGGCUUGGGGUGCUCAAUGGCCGUCAGGGGUGCGCCCGCGUCGUUUGGGCCGGCGACGGUGGUGAGUUCUGUGGAGGUGCCCCAGUUCGAACUGCGGGAAGAUCCCUCCUUCUGGAUGGACAACAACGUGCAGGUUGUUAUCCGUGUCCGCCCUCUAAAUAACUCGGAGAAAACUCUGCAUGGUUAUAAUCGGUGUUUGAAACAAGAAAGUGCCCAGACUAUCACAUGGAUUGGUCAGCCAGAAACCCGUUUCACCUUUGACCAUGUUGCUUGUGAAGGAGUGAACCAGGAAGUACUUUUCCGUGUUGCUGGCUUGCCAAUGGUUGAGAACUGUAUGGCUGGAUACAACAGCUGCGUCUUUGCAUAUGGGCAGACUGGAAGUGGAAAGACGUACACGAUGCUUGGUGAAAUUAGUGAUCUAGAAGUGAGGCCUAGUCCAGAACGUGGAAUGACACCACGUAUUUUCGAGUUCCUGUUUGCGAGAAUUAGAGCGGAGGAAGAGAGCAGGAGGGAUGAAAAGCUCAAGUACAACUGCAAGUGUUCUUUUCUUGAGAUUUACAAUGAACAAAUUACAGAUCUUCUUGACCCUUCGUCCACAAAUCUUGCACUUCGGGAAGAUACAAGGAAUGGAGUAUACGUAGAAAAUCUGACUGAACUUGAAGUUGGCUGUGUCAAUGAUAUCAUAAAACUUUUGAUGCAGGGUUCUAUGAAUAGGAAAGUGGCUGCUACAAAUAUGAACCGUGAGAGUAGCCGCUCCCAUAGCGUGUUCACAUGUAUUAUUGAGAGUACAUGGGAGAAAGAUGCUACAACUAACUUUCGGUUUGCAAGACUGAACCUAGUUGACCUUGCUGGGUCAGAAAGGCAGAGAACAUCUGGUGCUGAAGGUGAGCGGCUGAAGGAAGCUGCUAAUAUUAACAAAUCGUUAUCAACACUGGGUCUUGUGAUAAUGAGUCUAGUUGAUCUCACAAAUGGGAAGCAAAGGCAUGUUCCUUAUAGAGACUCAAGAUUAACGUUUCUUCUCCAGGAUUCACUUGGUGGAAACUCCAAGACCAUGAUCAUCGCAAAUGUCAGCUCUUCAUUGUGUUCUGGCAAUGAAACACUCAGUACCCUCAAGUUUGCUCAGCGUGCAAGGCUCAUUCAAAACAAUGCUGUUGUGAAUGAGGACGCUUCAGGAGAUGUUCUAGCUCUGCAGCAUCAAAUUCGUCUUCUAAAGGAGGAGCUAGCUGUCCUCAAGCGCCAACAUGUUACUAGAUCUUUACCAUUCAGUACUGAUAUUUGCGGAAGAACUGGAGGUCAUGGUGAUGAUGGUAGUGAUCAGAUGAGUGUGGAUGAGGAAAAUGUCAGUGCCCAAGGCAUAAAGUCUUUGGAAGAUUUAAGAAUUUCAAAUAAGCAGAUGAAAUCACUGGAAGAAACACUAGCAGGAGCUUUGAGAAGAGAAUCAAUGGCAGAAUCCACUAUAAAGCAACUUCAAGCUGAAAUUGAGCAGUUGAACCGAUUGGUUUCUCAAAGAGAGGAGGAUACAAGGUGCGCUAAGAUGACGUUGAAAUUUCGAGAAGAUAAGAUUAACCGGAUGGAGGCUCUUGUUCAUAACAAUUUGCCAGCAGAAUCAUAUCUACUUGAAGACAACAAAACUUUGUCACGAGAAAUAGAGUUGCUUCGUGCAAAAGUGGACAAAAAUCCAGAAGUAACCCGUUUUGCACUAGAAAAUAUCCGUUUAUCAAACCAACUCAAGAGGUAUCAGCAGUUCUGUAACGAAGGGGAGAGGGAGGUUCUGUUGGAUGAAGUUUCCAACAUUCGAAAUCAGGUCGCGCAAAUGCUUGAGGGCAGGGUGUUGACUGAGCAGCAAAAUAAACUUUCAGCUAAUUUUGAGGACGCAGAACAUCACUCUAAUCUACCAAGUGAGCCUGAAACUUUGCCUAAGGAGUUGACAAGAGCCUGUCAAGAAUUGGAAACCUGCAGGAGUGAGCUACAAGGUUGCUUGGAAUCAAAUGAAAAACUAACUAGGGAAAUAGCUGAUCUACAAAAAGAAUUGAGUACCAUCAAAAUGACAAAGAGGGAGGAAUGCCAUAAUGUAUUUGAGUAUGGUUCUAAUGCACGUGCAAAAGUGGAAGAUUGUUCUGAUGAGGCUUUCAUGGCCAACACAGACGAUAUAUUAAACCUGCAGCUGGAGUUGGACAUACUUAAAACAAUUCUUGCAGAAGAGAGGACAGUUCGUGGAGAGGUAGAGGAAAAAACUACUACCUUAAGUGAUGAGCUGAAAGCAGCAAAUUUACGUAUCCUUCAAGCUUGCAAGCAGAGUGAUGCCAUAGAAAGUGAACUGAACGAUGCAAGAUCUGUUAUUGAAGCUCUUGAGUCGCAGCAGAUUUUGUUGAUAAAUGAACUAGAUGAAUUGAGAAAGAAUAAUCAGAAAAGCUUCGAGAUUCUAAAAAAGAGGGGCAGAGAAAUCUCAAGAUUAAAUACUGAGAUUGACAACCACCGUAGACAGGGCCUGGUGGCUAGCGGAGAGCCCAAAACACAACUUUUGAAGUGUAUUGAAAAUGAAGAUUCACCUCUGCAGAGAAAGCUGAAAAGGAUGCAAGCUUCACUUGAGAAGGCAAAUGACUUAAAUACAAGGUACCAAAGAGAUCAGGCGUCUGAUAGUUCUGCUGAGCAAGAAAUGGAUGAAGUCCGUAGACAGGUUGAAGUUGAAACUACUGAGGUGAUUAUGUGCUUGCAAGAAGAGCUUAUGUCGCUCCAACAACAGUUAGAUGCUAGUAACAAAAAUGAGUUGUUGGCCAAACAAAGCCUAGAUGAGCUUCAACUCGAAAGGAAAGAGUUGAAUGACAGGCUAUUUGAGGUGAUGAAAGAGAAUGAAAGCCUUUCUGAACUAACUAAGGAAAAAGAGAAGAAAAUUCAUCUUUUGACCAAUGACCAGGAGAACUUACAAGAAGAUCUCAUAUCGCUCCAACAACAGUUGGAUGCUAGUAACAAAAAAGAGUUGUUGGCCAAACAAAGCUUAGACGAGCUCCAACUGGAAAGGAAACAGUUGAAUGAUAGGCUACUUGAGGUGAUGGAAGAAAAUGAAAGAUUUACUGAACUAAUUGAGGGAAAAGAAGAGAAAAUCCAGCUGUUGACCAAUGACAAGGAGAGCGUACAUGAAGAGCUUUCAUCUCUCCAACAACAGCUAGAUGCUAGUAACAAAUACGAGUUAUUGGCCAAACAAAGCCUAGAUGAGCUUCAACUGGAAAAGAAAGAAUUGAAUGACAGGCUACUUGAGGCGAUGAAAGAGAAUGGAAGCUUUUCUCAACUAUUUGAGGAAAAAGAAAAGAAAAUUCAGCAUUUGACCAAUGACUGGGAGAACUUACAAGAAGAGUUUCUAUCGCUCCAACAACAGUUAGAUGCUAGUAACAAGAAUGAGUUGUUGGCUAAACAAAGCUUAGAUGAGCUUCAACUGGAAAGGAAACAGUUGAAUGAUAGGCUACUUGAGGUGAUGAAAGAGAACGAAGGCUUUUCUGCACUAACUGAGGAAAAAGAAAAGGAAAUUCAGCUCCUGACCCGUGACUGGGACAGAUUAGCUGCUGACAUUGGAAGCUUUCUCGUUGAGGGAAAUGCUUCUCUUGAUGAAGCUUCUGGCCAGGUAGCUUUUAUUUCGGAGUCCUUUCCUCAAAGAAGAUGGGUUGAGGAUCAAGUCCAGAAGAUGUGUCAGGGUAUAUCUGACAGAGAGAAGUUACUCGAAGAGCUCCAAAGCCGGCUGAAAGAGGCAGAUGGUAUAAAAUGCGACUUGGACCUGAAGUUAAGGUCCUUAAGAGGAGCAAUGGAGGCAAUAAAUGAGAUGCAUCAACAGGAAAGGAAUGACCAAGAAAAAGCUGUUGCCCUUUUAAGGUCGCAGGUGUCUGAACAAGGACAAGUGAACCAGCAGCAACUUGAACAAUUUCACAGAGUAGAGCUUUUGUUGGAUGAAUCCAUUGGGACAUUUGUGCAGAAGGAGGUUCUUGAACAAAACUAUGUAUCAUCACUGAGGGGGAUGGAAGAAGAGAUUCAUCAGCUCAAGACUCAAUUAGACCAGUCAAAGACACAUAUAGCUCAUUCAUUGAGUCAAACCAAGGACAAGGAGCAGACAUUUGAGAAGCUAAAAAAUGAAGAAAAUACCAUUCUGUUAAGAAUGUUAUCAGAUGUUCUGAAGGCAAAGGGUAUUAUACAUGAGUUUGAUGUUGGAUUCAAUACAUUGGAGUCAUGCUUUUCUGUGGACCCUGAAGAAGUUGUUUGUCAAAAUUCAGACCUGAAUUUGGAGGAUCGGGCUGAACUUAAAACAUUUGGAGCCCUUGAAGCUGGAGAGCAGUGCAAUGCUGACGCCCUUUGCCAACUCAGUAAGGAGAUGGAGUCUGCAGUUUAUAAAUUGCAGACGCUGCAGUCUCAGAUGGCCAAGCUUCUGCAAGAAAAGGAAAACAUGAAAGAAUGCCUUCUCCAGAGUCGAAGAACUGUUCAAGAUCUGAAUUCUGAGGUCCUUCAACUGAAGUCACAGAUGAUUGAUCAACAGGCGCGCUAUGAAGCUAGAGUGGAAGAACUGGAAAUAAAGAUUCAGGGAAAGGACAAUGACGUUGCAACAUCACUUGUUUCAUGGCAUAAAGAGAUAGAGGCACUUGAAUCUGAGCUCUCAGAGACCAAAGUUCUUGCACAGCAGAAAUCAUUUGAGGCUUUUACUCUUAUAGCCAAGUUUCAUGAUGCGCAGGCAACUAUAGCUGAUGCAGACUCUACAGUUAAGGCACUGGUGGAAGCGAAUGAAAAUGCAAAACUCCUAGCAGAGAAGUACAAACAAAAGGAAGCUUCUUAUAUCGUUGAAAAGAAUGACUUGCUAAAUGAGGUCAGUAGUUUGAAGAUGAUGCUGGAUGUGAAAGGACAAAAUUACCUGGAUAUGGAAAAGAAACUCGAAUCAAGCUUGCUUGAAGCAAAUGAGGUAGCUCUUGAACUGGAAGAUGGCAUCAGAUGUCUGAAGAAUUUGCUAUCGGAGAACCUUGAGUUUGUUUCUUCAGAUGUUAAAUGGAUGAAGUCAAAACUUCGUCAGUUCACAGAGUUAGCAAGAACUUGGUUGGAAGAGAACUGGUUAGAGAUAAUUGGAAAAGAUUGUGCCGUGUCUGUGUUGCACCUCUGCCAUAUGGGGAUUUUGUUGGAGAGAAUUACUGGGCUACAUGCAGAAAAUGGUUUCCUUCAGCGUGGGAUCUGUGAAUCUAAUUCUUUGAUAUCUAUGCUGAGACAGCACAAUGAUAAAGCAAAAAAUGAACUGGAGAUGUGCAGUGUUCUCAAAGGAAAAUUACUGCUUGACAUCAACCACAGUUUUGGUCGUGUUGCAAAGAAGGAACAAGAAGCAACUGAACUGAGCUCAAGACUGGAUUCUUUUGGGAAGAAAGUUCUGCAUUUGCAAGCACAAGAAGAAGCAAUGUUGGCACGCUCAGAUUCCAUUUAUAACGAGCUAUCUGCGUUGACUAAAGAGAUUGAUGCUACCAACAGGAGUUCUUUGGCAGCUGAAACCAAAGAAAAGGAAGAGCUGCACAACCAAUUGGAUGAGGCUUUGUUUCUCAACGGAAUGUUGAAGGACACAAUGCUUGAGGUUCUGAGUCUGUCUGAAGUGAACAGUGUUAUACCUGCAGAGGAUAUGAAAGGGUGCAAUGAAUUUGAGUUGUGCAGUUGGUUUGUAAACUACCAUCAUGAUUCGAUCAUGAUCAAUGCAAUUGCAAGUGAUAUUGAAUUUAUUGUUUUGGCUUCAGAAGUGGAGCAAGAAAAAAUACAACUGCAAACACAAAAUCUUAUGUUUACCGAAGUACUUGAAGGAUUGAAGACAGAAGCAACUCUGUGGAAAGUUGACCAGGAUUUGGGUAAUCUUGCAAUUUACUCUUUACAUGAGGAGAACAGUAAUACAAGGAUUGAUUUGGAGAACCUAAAGCGGAACAAGGAUGAAGUUAUGGAAAGCCUGCUUGCAACGCGUGAGGAAAAUUCAAAACUUCGACAUGUAGUUGAUUCCUUGGAGUCCAACAUCAAAUCCCUGCAAACAGAUCUAGAUGGGAAAGUCAAAGCUCUGAUGGAGUUGCAAUGCUCCCAUGCAGCCUUAUGUAAAGAGCUUGAGUCGAAAGCUGAGGUCAUUGAACUAGGAAUUUCAAGAGAAAAUGUUUUGAGGUCCGAGAAUGAUUUACUGAAACAUGAAAAGUUGGAUAUUCUGUGCAAGGACCGGAGGAUGCUUCAUUUGGUUUCUAAUAUUGAUAUGGAGAAGUUAUCGUACUCCUUCCAAGCAUAUUUGGAUCAAAUUAACACAGAAGUGGAAAAACACAUUGAUGAGCAAUUGACCACAGUGAUGAAGUUCUCCAAUGACUUAAACUUGGUUCAAUUGUCUGUUGAGGAGUUGAGCACCCAUAAUUCCUUUUUACAGUCUGAACUAGCAAGGAAAGAUGAAUUGGCAAAGGGCUUAUCAUUUGAUCUUAGCCUAUUACAGGAGUCAGCGUCGGUUGCAAAAGAUCAAGCAGAUCAACUUAUUGAGUUGACUGAAGCAAUUACCUCAUUACAACAUGAGGUUGCUUCUAAAUCACAUGAUCUUGAUAAUCUUGUUUCUGGAAGCCAACUACUAGAAGCUCAAGUCAUGAAGAGUAAUGAAAAGAUUUUGGUGCUAGAGGAGCAGCUAGCAAGUACAGUUGGUGAACGAAAUGCAGUUUCUAUGGAAAACACUGAGUUGAGAUCUCAGCUCAAUCAUAUUGAACAGAUCGGUUACUCUAUGAAAGAGGAGUUAGCCCAUAGAAGUAAUGCCACUGAAAGAAUGGAAGAAGAGUUGAUUGAGCUGAGAAAUUUACUUGAUGAAAGGAACAUCUUCCUUCAACAUUUGCAAGAUAACUUCUCCAAGCUCUCGGAUGAGAAGCAAUACUGUGACUCUCAGGUGCUUCUCUUGAGAGAGAAGCUGGAGAUGGCUCAGGCAGUGGCAGAAGAAAGUGAAGCAAUUGCUACGGAGGCCCGACAGAUAGCAGAUGAAAGGAAGACAUAUGCUGAAGAGAAGGAUGAAGAAGUCAAGCUAUUGGAGAGGUCAAUUGAGGAGCUCGAGAGUACCAUAUUUGCUCUGGAGAACCAGGUGGGCAACAUCAAGGAUGAAGCGGAACGACAGAGAACACAGAGAGAAGAAUUAGAAGUGGAGCUGCAGAGAGUCAGGCACCAAAUGUCAUCUGUACCAUCAUCUGGGAAAGUAAAGAGCUUUGGGGAAGAUGGAAUGGUUGAUUCAUCUGAUUCACUCAGUCACUCAAGAGAGAUACAUACCGAGCUACUAAGUGCUCUGGAGAGUAUCAAAAUACUUCAAAAGGAGGUUGCUGAAAAGGAAUCAGAGAUUGCUCAAUGCAAGUCGCACAUAUCGGAGUUAAACUUACAUGCUGAGGCAGCAGCUCGUGAAUAUAAGCAGAAGUUCAUGGAGCUAGAGGCUAUGGCACAUCAGGUUAAUACUGACAAUCCAUCAACAAAUGCUUGCUCCAUGAGACCGGAGAAGAUUAGCUCGAAACCUCGAGGUUCAGGCUCCCCAUUUAAAUGUAUUGGAUUGGGCUUUGUACAACAAGUGAAUUCUGAGAAAGACGAAGAUCUUAGUGCUGCAAAACAACGUAUUGUGGAACUCGAGGGCAUAGCAGCUAGUCGACAAAGGGAGAUAUUCAUGUUGAAUGCGAAAUUAGCUACAACAGAAAGUAUGACACACGAUGUGAUUCGUGAUAUGUUGGGGGUUAAGAUGAACAUGACAACUUGGGCGACACUAGUUGACAAACAGCAAAAGAUAAGCACAAAAGAGUCAGUUGCUUAUCAAACUGAAGAAUCUAAAGAGUCCAAUGAGCUAAUGAAGUUGAAGCAGCAGCUUGAUGAAUUCAUUGAAGAGAGACAUAGUUGGAUUGAUGAAAUAAACCAAAGACAAUCAGAACUUGGAGCUGCCCGUAUAACUGUAGAACAAUUACGGCAAAAAGAACAUUUUAUGGUAGCUGAAGUUGACUUGCUGAAGGCUGAGAAUGCAAACUACAAAACGAUCAUUUUUAAUCUUGAAGAUGAAGUAAAGAAGCUUACCAGAAAACAGAAUCUCCAGCUGCGAAUUAAUCACCAUGUCAAAACUAAGGAAGAGAAUGUCCUUCUGAAAAAGCAUAAUGAAGAACUAAGUGCAAAGCUGCAGCAGCUAGGGGCCGUUGUUACCCGCACAAAAGAAAAGCUUGCCCGCUACAUGGUCUCGGAUGGAAAAGAUCCACAUGAGCAGAUUGAAGAGGAAGAGCUUUUGAGGAAGAAAUUAGAGGAAAGUGAACAAGAUAGAAGCAAACUGGCAGAAAAUCUAUCGAGUCUGUGUACCAGUGUUCUAAAGGCAGCUGGAGUUAGAAACCAUGAGUCUGAAGCGAGUCUUGUGAAAGCAAUGGAAGCCCUAAAUCAACUCCAGUGCUGCAUUUCAUCCUUGGAGAGCGAGGUUGAAGAUCUUCGAAUAAAGUGCAAACUGCUGCGUGAGAAAGCUCGACUAACCAGUCUUCGGAGUGACUCGUCCUCUGCGAGCUCGGGCGCGAACGGGAGCUCCAGAUCGCCAAGCGUGUGCAGAUCUCCGAGCAUUUCGUCUUUCCGAUGAGGCGGCACAAGUGUACAUAAUACGUAGUUUGUUACUGGUUAGUCAUCAGCUAACACCUAUCGGUAGGUCUCGUACGCAUCUCCUAGUACAGUUGAAGGGAAGAUGGGAAUCUAGCAAUCUCCAUUGCUGAUGUUUGUAUCUGUUAAUCUGCAGCUGAACGAUGUACAUUCUAUUAAUGAAAUCCAUUGCAACCA